AUGGCGCGUGAGAUCGUGCACAUCCAGACAGGGCAGUGCGGCAACCAAACUGGUUUGAAGUUCUGGGAAGUAAUAUCAGACGAGCACGGAAUCGGACAGGAUGGAUGGGCCAUUGAUCCAGCCGCAACGAAAACGGAUUGUGCUUCGGUCUUCUAUCACCAAGCCAAUAACGAUAGAUUUGUCCCCCGGGCAGUUCUCGUAGACCUCGAAUCGGGGGUGACUGACGCUAUCAAAGCCAGUCCGUUGGGAAAGUUGUUCAAGCCGGAUAACUUUAUCUUUGGUUACUCUGGAGCGGGUAAUAACUGGGCGAAAGGCCAUUACACGGACGGUGCGGGGAUGGUGGAGCAGAUUAUGGACGUGGUGCAUCGUGAGGCUGAGGCGUGUGACUGUUUGCAGGGUUUCCAAUUGACACAGUCACUGGGUGGCGGUACUGGUUCUGGGUUAGGCACUUUGUUGUUGUCUAAGAUCCGCGAAGAAUUUCCAGACCGAAUUCUGGAGUCAUUUGCGGUGUUUCCUUCUCCGAAAGUUUCGGACACGGUGGUAGAGCCGUACAACGCGACAUUGUCGGUGCAUCAGUUAGUUGAGAAUGCAGAUGCGGUGCAUGUUAUUGACAACGAAGCUUUAUACGACAUUUGUUUAAACACACUGAAGUUGACGAAGCCGACGUACGACGAUUUGAACAACUUAGUGUCACAGACGAUGAGUGGUGUGACAGCUUGUGUGCGAUUUCCUGGACAACUGAAUUCGGAUCUGCGGAAGCUGUGUGUCAAUCUUAUACCAUUCCCCCGACUACACUUUUUCAUGAUAGGCUUUGCACCGUUAUGUGGUUAUGAUGGUCAAGCAUAUCGUGCAGUAACGGUGGCGGAGUUAACGCAGCAAUUGUUCGACGCGAAGAACAUGAUGUGCGCUUGCGAUCCUCGAACAGGACGGUACCUAACGGCAUCAGUAACCUUCCGCGGAAAGUUGAGUACGAAAGAAAUGGACGACCAAAUGGCUUCCAUCCAACAAAAGAACUCCAAUCACUUCGUCGACUGGAUUCCUAACAAUAUUCUGUCCAGCGUCUGUAAUGUACCUCCCCGUGGUCUGGACCUAUCUGCCACAUUCAUCGGCAACUCCACAGCAAUCAAAGGCAUGUUCGAUAGAGUCUACACACAGUUCACUGCUAUGUUUAAACGUCGUGCGUACUUCUUCUGGUACGCAGCUGAAGGCAUGGACGCUCUCGAAUUCACCGAAGCCGGAUCCAACAUGAACGACCUUGUCGCAGAGUAUGCCCAACACCAAGAACCUUGCGCUAAUGACGACCUAGAAUAUGAAGACUAA